GGAGGUGGACUCGCUCUCUCUGAUGUCUGAAGACAAAUCGGAUGCGGGCUCGGUGACCAGUCUGGGCAACCUAUUCGAUGAGAGUGGGCUCCUGGACUCGGAUGACGAAGCCGAUAAAACGGUGGUAGAGGUUCAAGUACCUGAUGAAGGUGCUUCAAAUUAAUCUCCACCACUCUAAAGCUGCUUCAGCAAACCUUCUAAUCCACCUUGCACAGGGUGGAGCCGAUAUUGUUCUGAUUCAGGAACCAUGGAUACUGGAAAACCGGAUCUGUGGAAUCGGAACAAAUGACUAUAAACUUAUCAGCAACACAGACUCAGGUAGACCUAGAUCAUCACUAGACCAGACUGCAGUGAGUUUGGAAAUCGACGGCAAAACCGUAUGGGUGGUGUCAUCAUACAUGGCCCACGACCAUAUAGGAAAUCCACCACCGGAAAUACUUAAGCAGCUCGUGAUAACAGCAGCAGAAAGAAUGACUGGUGUUGUGAUUGGAGCCGAUGCAAAUGCUCAUCACACAAUCUGGGGAAGCUCGGACAUAAAUGAAAGAGGUGAGUCGUUAUUCGAUUUUAUUCUAGAUUAUAAUCUUCAUAUAUGCAAUACAGGAGUAGAACCUACUUUUAUUAUUGCAGGCAGAAAAGAAGUUUUAGAUAUUACAUUAACUGUUGAAAACACAGAUCUUGAGAUUAAGGAUUGA